AUGGCAUCGGACCACGGCCGGCCUUCUACCGACCGCUCUCGAGGUGAUCACCCAGCCUCCGACUCGGGCUACGCAAACGACAGAAACUGGCAAAAUGGGGGCUCAAGAACACCAGAUAGUACCUAUCAUCUCAAGCCCACCAGCUCUGGCUCCAGCAUGCCCGGAGCCUUUCCAGGGACCUGGUCUGACGAACCUCCGCCCCGCAAGAGCGGGGAGAGGAACCGAUCGCGACAAAGAAACGGACGCACUGCCAGUGGCCAGUUGAGGAUCUGUAAAAAGUGUGGCGAGCCAUUGACUGGCCAAUUUGUCCGAGCCCUAGAUGGCACCUUUCACCUGGAUUGCUUCAAGUGCCGUGAUUGUGGUGAGAUUGUGGCAUCAAAGUUCUUUCCUGCGGAUGACGAGAAUGGGGAUGGGCCAUAUCCCCUUUGUGAGACGGAUUACUUUCGAAGAUUAGGCUUGCUUUGCUACCAGUGUGGAGGAGCCCUGAGAGGGUCCUACAUCACCGCCCUGGAUAGAAAGUACCAUGUCGACCAUUUCACUUGCUCGCUUUGCUCGACAGUUUUCGGAGCCCAAGACAGCUACUAUGAACACGAAGGCCACGUCUACUGCCACUAUCAUUACUCGACUCAAUUUGCACAGCGGUGCAAUGGUUGCCAGACGGCCAUUCUGAAGCAAUUUGUGGAAAUAUUUCGGAAUGGCCAGAAUCAGCACUGGCAUCCGGAAUGUUACAUGAUUCACAAGUUUUGGAAUGUCCGCCUGGGUCAACCGACCGACACGCCAGAUGAGCCCCCGCCAGAGCCAAAGGAUAAUGCCGUCAGAGAACAUAUUCGUAUGGAAGAAGAGCGAAUGGAGGAAAAGGUUUACCGCAUUUGGAGCGUCCUUUCAACGUUUGAAGAGUCCUCUGCGGCGUGCAUUUCGGAUAUGCUCCUCCACGUCAGCAAUGGAGCUUAUGUUGACGGCAUUCUUGUAGCGAAGCGCUUUAUAUGGCACGUUGAAAUCCUCUUCCAGUCAGCAGAUAGACUUGACCGGUUGGUACUAUCUCACAGCGAAAAGGGCUUGUCAUACGGGCGCGAGGCUAAACUGCUAUGCAAAAAGAUUGUUUCGUUCUUUUCAUUGCUGUCGAAGACACAAGACACGAGCGUCCGAAAACUUGGUGUGACGCAAGAGCUUCUGUCUCUCGUCACCGGCUUGGCUCAUUAUCUCAAGCUUUUGAUCAGAAUCUGUCUCCAGGGAGCGUUGCGUCUUGAGCGAGACAACGGAGUACAAGAUGGACUUGACCAGCUUCUUAAUGACCUCAACGAUUUCGAGACGUACAAGACGGAUGAAAGCCUAAUGCAACUAACGAUGGGAGGUGCAAACCUCUCCGGCAAAAACUCUGAUCAUUGUGCCUUUUGUCAACGUUCGAUUGAGGAUGAAUGUGCCAAGAACGGCGACCUACGAUGGCACCUUGCGUGCGUCAAUUGCAGCCGAUGUGGGAAAGAGCUGGGGAGGUCUCUUGAAGAGGCACGACACAACGCAUUUGACGGGAAGGUAUACUGUACCAAUUGCGUCGCGCUCAAGACAGACGGUGAAGUACCGUUCGAGCACGUCACAAAACUCGGACAAUACAUUUUUCUGCUAAAGGUGGCCCUCGCUCGACUCUUGGAUAUCCUGCGCAGUAAUGGCACCCUACCGUACACGACGGGCGACGUCCAAGCCACCGGCAACAACAAAUUAGGCGCGCCGCCCUUCCUUGCGCCGGAUGGCAGAUCAAAGUCAUAUGCAGGCACUGAAAAGAAAGAAAACAAUCACCGCGAAUCGACAUAUGAAAACACCCUAAAUGAGGUGCGGCGCCUGCGCAGUACCCGCCUCGAUCGCCAUUUAUCCACGAGUGUUCGCCAGGCACGAUCCUCUCGCGUUAUGGAUGCCGACGGGAAAGGUCCUCGACCAAGCUCGGCUGGUGCAGAUGAGCCGACGAAUGACUUGCAAGGCUCGACAGACUUGAUGUUUGGGCAGAAUGAUGCCAUCACGCUGGACGAUAUCCCCCGCAUCGUUGCUGUCGAGCAAUCUCGGGAGCAACAACAGCGUGACCGAGAUGCUCGUCAAGAUCCGUUCCGUGGACCCGGAGUCGACAAUAUGCGACCUCUUGGUCACCAAAGAACCCAAUCUGCCGGUAGAGACCCUGAUAUGCGUGCUGCCGAGGCCCUUCCCAGCCGAAUGGUCCGCAAGUUUUUCCCUGAAUUAUCCGGUCUCGAGUAUUUCAACGUCCGUCACUUGGCCGUUUUAACAAUGCAUCCCCUGGUUGAGCAAGAGUUCACGCUCGAUGAGUUGCUGAAUUUUAUUGAAUCACGGAAACAACCAACGUUUUGGAAGAACCUGGGCAAGGCAUUCAAGAACGACAAGAACAAGAACGUAAAAAAGAAGGGCGUCUUUGGGGUGCCAUUGGAAAUCAUUAUCGAACGAGACGGAGCCGACUCAACUGAUGGCGUCGGGCCCGGAACCCUUCGAAUUCCUGCCGUUGUGGAUGACAUUAUCGCUUCCAUGCGAAAGAUGGAUCUGUCGGUCGAGGGCGUGUUUCGAAAAAACGGCAAUAUCAAGAAGCAACAGGCGUUGGUCGAAAAGAUCAACCAGGAGGGUUGCGACGUUGUUAACUUCAUGGAGCAGCCUGUUGUGCAAUUGGCAGCGCUGCUAAAGCGAUACCUUAGGGAUCUUCCCGACCCUCUCAUGACUCACAAGUUGUACAGUCUUUGGAUCGCUGCGGCGAAGCUGCCAGAUUUGGAGAGGAGAAAACACUUUCUUCACCUGACAUGCUGCCUCCUACCAAAGAGUCAUCGCGAUAGUCUUGAGAUUCUAUUUACAUUUUUGAAGUGGGCUGGAUCUUUUCAUCAACUGGACGAUGACGUCGGAUCCAAGAUGGACAUCAGGAAUCUCGCCACGGUUAUUGCGCCCAAUAUCCUGACAAACCCAAACAAGACCCCCGCGCUGGAUGGUGAGGCUAUAUAUGUUAUUGACGCUGUGGAGAUGCUCAUCAAAAACAUCGAGGAGAUGUGUCAGGUCCCUGACGAUUUAUUGACAUUACUCAACGACCCUUACAUCUUCAGUAACAGCGGUGAAAUCACCACAAAGGAGAUCCUCAAGCGAUUCCAGUAUCGCAGGGAUCAAUUACCAGCUGUUGACAUCAGCGAAGUUUACAAUAGACAGGAUGUCUCAACUCGAUCUCCUCCCAAGCGAGUGGACACAGAUCCAUCCGUUUGGCAAGGUGAAAGGACUGUACGCCGAGUCCAAGAUCCUUCGGCGCCCCCAGUCAGCUCUGGCCAGGGAACACCGCCGCAAAGGUGGCCCGGCUCGGGGGAACAUAUACGAGGACCAUACAAUCCUAGGCUCAACCACUCUGACAGCCACCUCGAUGGCACGGAUGUCCAGCGUGGUGACUGGCGCAACUCAGCCUGGGGCCGUCGGGGCGGCGGCCUAGGUGUUGGCGGGAACUCAUGA